CUCAUUUUUUUUUUAUUUUCUGUGUUUGGUGGGCACGAGAAAAUUAUUUGAACCUAGUUUUACAAGUACCUUUGGCGCAUUACGUCAGAGCUGGAACGAUGGACGUGGACACCACUCCACUGACCAUUUCGCAGAAAUUUAGAUAAAUAGACGGAUUGCCCUUCUUGCUCUGUUCUGUUCCUUCUCUUGCUUUUGAAUUCUAUUCAAUUCAAUUCAUCAUUUGUUUUUUUCAUUAUUGCGUCCGCCAUCAUCGACCCGAGACGAUGGCGUGGCCGAGCAGGCGUUGUCCGUGGCCGCACAAGCCCCAGUUCGUGAAUUCUUCCAUCUUGAAGCAGAGCUUCCAUGUCCUCACCGUCACUCUCCUCAGCCUCUUGCUUCCUCUCUCGUUCCUCCUGCUGGCGAGGCUCGCGUGCGUCAGCUAUUACUCGUCGGUGCUCGCCGACUCGAUCCCGCAGAUCCUCCCGUUUCCUCUGUCCUUCUUGUUCAAUGCUAAUCCGAGCCCGCUUCAUGCACUUGUGGCCUUUUUCACGGUUUGCACCCUCCUGCACGGGUUGACCGGGAGGAUCACCCCGCUGAGCGAGCGGCCGCUGCCACCGCCAGGGACGGCAUUUCACCAGGCUCGCCUGCCCAUGGCCUGGGCCGUCCUAUGCGCGGUGCAGGUCUGCGUUGGCCUUGGCAUUGAGGGGAGCAUUGCCGCCGGGGUCGACGGGUCGCCGCUGCGCCUGGGCAGCGCCGAGAGGAGCCUGCUGAGCAAGGCGAUAUUCUUCCUCGGGCUCCAUGAGACGACGGCCUACUGGUCGAGGGUGGUGGUGAGGCCGGUGGCAGAUGACACGGUGUUCGGCGGUCCGCAGGCGGAGGAGGGGCUGCUCGGGAGGGUGGUGGUGGCGGCGGGGUUCGGCGGGCUGUGGUGGUGGAGGUUGAGGGGGGAGGUGGAUGCGAUGGUGGUGGUGCCGGAGGUCAAGAAGGAGCUGAUGAUGGGCAUUGGGGUGGCCGAUUUCGCGGGGUGGUGGCUGUAUUACCUGACGGUGACGAUCGGGAUGGUCAGGAUUGUGAAGGGCCUCAUGUGGGUUGGGAUCGUUCUGUUCUGCAGAAAAGUAAAACGGGACUUGGGCGAGCUGUCUUUGGAUGAGGAAAUAGUCUAAAAAAGGUGGGUCCACAAGCUUUUCCGUCGCAAUGGCUUUUGUAAUCUGUACUGUUUCCACGGAGAUAAUUGAAUUCCUUCUUUGCACAUUUCUUGGUCAACGCCUAAUGUUUUCAUUGUACUAUCUUCUUCUAUCCAUUGACAACUUCUUCUGUAUUAACUUUCCGUUCGGAGAA